CGCGGCACGCAGGCGUGGGGGGGGCAAGAGGGAGCAGUGCGGCUGGUGGGCGCGGGGCAGUCGCGCCCGACCGGCAGUUUGCGGCCGCGGGAGCCGCCCCUGCGCCGCAGAGCAAGUCGCCCUCGCCCGCACCCGCCGCGCAGGCUGUUGGCGGCGGGAGCGGACGACGGGCGGUUGGUGUCGGGGACUUCCCCCCCCUCCCCGGCCGGCGCAGUGGGAGGCGCCCGGGGCCCCGCGUCACCCAUUGUUUACAAACCAACCCCAGCGGGCCGAGCUCCAGCUUCAACCGCAGCCGCCGGAGCCGCGUGUGCUCGCGUGCGCGCGGGGCGGCGGGCGGCGGCCCCGGUCCCGCUGCGGCGCGGCAGGGCGCCGGCCGAGAUGCCGUGCCGCCCGGGUGAGCGCUUCCUGCUGCUGGAGCGCUCGGUCGCCGUGGGACAGGCGAGCUCCAAGGAGGUGGACGCACUAGUGGCAAAGCUGGGCGAGGUGCUGCAGCUGAGCGCCCAGCGGGCGCCGCCGCCUCCCCGCGGCCCCAAGCACCUGGGGCCUGGCAGCGCCCGCGACCGCGCCGCCCCCUACUCGCCGCGCUGCAGUGGCGGUGGCCUGAUAGCGCCGCGGGGACUGGCUCCGUCGCAAGCCCACCAACAACACGCCGAUACCCCGCGCCCGGACCGGAGCGGGCACCACCGGGUGACCAAGCAGCUGUGCGGCAGGGGCUGGCUGCGGAGCGCCGCUCGCCGGAGGAAGCAAUCGGGACUAGGGCCGGGCGACGGGACGGCCGAGGAGGAGGACCCCCACCGGCUUUUGCAGCAGCUCAUCCUCUCCGGCAACCUCAUCAAAGAAGCCGUCCGGCGGCUGCAGCUAGCGGCGGCGGCAGCGGCGGCGGCGGCCUCCACGGUCUCCAGCGGCAGCGCUUCGGCGGGGAGUAGCGGCGCGGACGGCGAGGCGGCCGAAGCGGCGGCUGUGCAGCCCCUGCAGUAGCCGGCGGGGACGAGCCGUGGCGGCUGGGGCAGAGGAGCGCGGCUGGGGCGGCCGCUAGCGGCGGCGAGAGGGCCCGCCGAGCGGACUGAGGGAGCGCGGUGUUGGCUCUGCCGCGAUAGAAGUCUCCCCCCGAGGCGAAACGGCGGCGGCGGGGUCCCCCCCGCAUCCCGCUGCUUGGCGGCGCCGGAACGGGCGCAGCGGGGUCUGGGUCAUUUGGACUGGAGCGGCUGUGCCACCCCCCCGAGCCCAAGGUCACCCCCGGCACAGCGGCGAGUCCCUCUUCUCCCCAACCGUCGAGACCGCGCACGCUGCCCGCUCCGCGCUGUUGUUGUGUCGUCGUUUCCCCCCCCCCCCGCCCCUCGUUCUUUGCUUUCCUCCGGAGCUCCUCCUCCUCCCCCCCCGGCGGAGCAGCCCGGCCGGGGCUGUGGACCCCCCCGCCGCUGGUCCCCCGGCUGCCGCGGGGCUGCUCCGUCUCUCAGGAGCCAUUUGCAAUAAUUGUCGCUGACCCCGGCGGGAGGUGUUUCCUUUCCCCCCCUGGACUGCUCUGUUUUUUUUUGUUUGUUUGGGUUUUUUUUUUUUGUCUGUCUUUUUUAAUGCUUUUUUUUUGUUUUGUUUUGUUGGUGUUGGGGUUUUUUUCCUCCUUCCCCCCCCCCGCCCCCUCGCUGUGACUGUAAUGAAGCAGUUUUUAAAAUGUGAAUAUCAAAGCUGUAAGGCAGCUGGACUGAAAAUACUAAAGCCUGAUGAACGGAUGGAGCCUGAGACGCAUUGUUCACAUCAAGGUAGCCGAACAAGUUUUUUUUUCUACCAAAAAAAAAAAAAAAAAAAAAAAAGAAAAGGGAAAAAAAGAAAAAGAAAACCUGAACCCACCCUUCCCUGACAAACUCAAUGGCUCAAAUACAAGAUGCAGCUGUUGAUUUUAAAUAUAUGCACUUCGUACCGGAGUGUCGCAGAUGUGUGCCUGAUUUACAGGGCUGACUGUCUUAACCUGUCUGUACUGAAUAAACGUGGUCUUGUUUUUA